UUGGUGGGUAGGGAGGGGCAUUAGCAGCUUUCUGGACACACCGAGACAGACAGAAUGGACUUCCUCCGGCAACACCUCCCUGGGCUGCACCAAGCCUUAAGGGGGGCACUGGACUCUCUCAGCACCUUUGUCUCCUACCUCAUGGGAGAUGCGGUCCCCACUGUAGAGAGGGAGGUGCAGGCUGCUGAGGAACUGGGGGAGGUGGCUGCAGGAAAGUCAGAGAAGAAUGAAGCCCAGGAGGCCCUGCAAAGCCUUAGAGAUGGCCAAAGCGAGGGGGUUGGAGCACUGCGAGGGCCUGGAGAGGCUGGAGGAUGCCAGGAGCAGAGCUCAGCUGCAGAAUGGGUCUGGGGGUGGGGAGAAGGUAGCUCUUGCAGGUCCCAAGCAGGUAGGCAGGACUCUGGGGCCUGGGGGUCAGUCACAGCAGCCAGGGGCCCAGAGCCAACUGCUCUCUUAAAGGCUGAGGAGACAUCUGAGGCAGGGUCUGGAACUCACAGAGACAGGGUCAGUCAAACCAAGGAGAGACCAGAGUCUGAAGAGCAGGAAGUGAACAAAGCGGACACACUGACAACGUGGGAACAGGAGGAGGAGGAGGAAGAGGAGGGAGAGGUCAGAGCAAGAGCGCCAGGGAUGGCCAGAAGGGUGGAGUCCGACCAGCCCUGGCAUGGGGAGCCCAAGGGGAAGGCUGGUGCCAAGAGGGAGAAGGUAGCCAGGGACAGGGUGGAGUCACGGCCAGUGGUCAGGGAGGCAGUUGCAGAAACUGAAGCAUCUGGGGCCACAGAGCCUCAGAGGGAAGAAGGGGAGGUGGCAGGAGUGAGGGCUGGCCAAAGCACGAGGGUCCAAGGGACACAGGGCCCAGGGGCACAGUCUGAGGAUUGGACAACCUCAACCAGGGCGGAGGCUCACCUUCCAGGAGUCAGGGAGACUGCAGAUGGGCUAGUCCCAGGAGACAGAUGCCCAGAAGCUUCUAGUAGUAUCAGGAUCCUAGAGGAGGCCUCCAACAGAGACCAGGAAGAGGAGCCAGAGAAGAGAGUGGAUAAAGUGAAAGUUUUCCCCAAACAGCCCUGGGCCCUGGUUAGUGAAGCAACAGAAGAGGCAGCUGAGGGCCAGAAGACAAGGAGGGAGGCUGCAGGAGCCCAGGAGCCAGAGGAGGAAGCAGGACAACGCUUUGAGGGCAAGACAGAUCUGUACAGGAGCGAGGCCCAGGGCAGGCAAAACUCGGAGGUCAGGGCUGAUGGUGCCAGUCUGUUGGAGGAGGUCCCGGGAGGACAGCCCUGGGAGGAAAAAGGGAGUUGCCGGGCCCCAGAGUCUGAGCUGGCCCCACACAAGGAGGCUGAAGGUGAGGCAAACUCCGAAGCAGCCCUGGAGGCCAGGCCUGAGGAGGAGUUCAUGUGGGAGAGAGGCCAGGAGGACCAGACAAGCCAAGGAGCCCUGGGGGUGGAGUGGGGUGCCCUCAGACACAGGGUCACUGGAGACCAGGGGCCCGAGUCGGUUGGAGAUGCCCAGACACCAGCAGAGCCCCCUAAAGAAGUGCAGGAGGUGCAGGUGGCACACAGACAAGGCCCAGCCCUGAGCAAAGAGGAGACAGAAAGUGAGAAGGAGCAGCCCAGACAUGUGGGGUCUCUGCCUCCUGAGCUCUUUGAGGCAGAAGACUGGGAACUCUGGUGGGGCAGGGACAUGGAGAGCAAAAUCACCCAGGAGGAAACCGCACAUGCUGAAGAGGGAGACAAGGAGGCUGCAGGAGGCCAGGCCCUGGAGGCUGAGGCCAAGGGAGGCUGGGAGUCUGAGCUGCCAGAGAUCCCAGAGUGGGGAAGGGAGAAGAGAGAGACCUCUUCAGAGGAGAACCAGGAGUUGCAGGGAUACCAAGGUGCAGAGGCAGGGACAGGCCAGGCACUGGGAGAGCCAGAGGCCAGAGAAACCAGGGACCGCAUGGUGGACGUCACUGAGCCAGGGGAGGCCGCCAGAAUUCCCAGGGAAGGCUGGAGCCUGCGGGAGGUGGCUCUGAGCCUCCAGAACACCGAGGACACUCAGACCAGUCCUCUGCCUGCUGAGAUGGAGGGGAGACAGGCAGGGGGAGCGCCUAGGCAUGGCAGGGCCUUUGAGGAGGGAGAGGAGACUGGGGUAGGAGUGGGGCAGCCAGAGGCUAUGCUGUUGGAAGAGACAGGCAAGUGGCAUGUGAGUGAUCAGAGGGGACACGGUGAGAGGCAGUGCCACCCUGAGGGAGAGGUGCAAAGGCCGCUAGGUGUGGACGGUGCCAAGGUGACUGAAGGCCAGAGGACGGAGGCCGAGAGGGCUGCACCAGAAGACCUGGAGGCUGUCCAGGGCCAGGAGGGGCAACCAGUGCACCAGCCCCCUGUGGAGACUGCAGAGGCCAUGGGGACUGACGGAGGGGACACUCACAGCAGCUGGAGUGAGGUCCUGCUCCCUGGGUCCCGCCUGGACGUCUCUGUCUCACGUAGCCGUGCGCUCCUGACCCGGAACUCCUCAAAGCGUCGUUCCCGGCCCUCUUUCUGGAGGACAUCUGCCUCUGAGCAGCAGGACCCUCCCAGCCCCCAGCCUGAGGAGGAGCUGUCCACCCCCGAGCAGAGCCCUCUUCAGCUAGAGGAUGCCCCUGAGCCAAGUCCCUCGCAGUCUGGAGGGACCCCAGAGCAGGCCGGGAGAAAGCUGCUGGGACAUGGGUUUGGCCUUGCACACCCUGGCAUGAUGCAGGAGUUGCAAGCCCGGCUGAGCCAGAGGAAGCCCCAGUGACUAAGAGCUGCUGCCUCUCCGGAGUCUGCCCCAUGUUGGGUUGGAGGCCCUGGGGCCCUGCCUGACCUAGCUGUCUGCCACCUGCAUCCUUCACACCAUCUGGGCCUCACUUCCUGGGGUCUUGUCUGUAGAGUGGACAGGACCAGACAUCCAUGAAGGCCUUGGACUCCAGAAAUCUGAUUCUCCAGUGCAGGCCGGUGGGCCGUAAGCCACUGGGACCUCUUCUCGAAGGCCCCUCCCUGGUCACCUCCUCAACCUAUCCCAGCUCCUCAGGAGACAGCACAGAAGCUUGAGGGAACAGAGUCUGUUCUGGAGUCUUUUCUCUCCUAGCCCCACCCCAGGCCUGAGUCCCCCGGAGAGCUGUGUGGGGUGACUUAGCUGUGGGUGGAAGGGAAGGCUCACAGGCCUUGGGCGCCGCAUGGAAUCAGGGGUCGAUGUGAAGGCCAGCUGCCUUGGGUUUCCAAAAUGAUAGCUCAGCCCGGAAUUCUGCUGGUUACUAUGGAAACUGUGCUGGCCAGUCGGGGAAGGUGGACUGGAAGCCUGGAGUAUGUAGGAGCAGUGAGCCACUCCAGGUGGCCAGAGGCCACCAACACCACUGUAGCCACCCUGCUUCUUGGAUGUCAGGCACCCCUUCUGUGACAAGAUGCUGAACAGAUAGGGUGAGAUGGCUUUAUUAGGCACCCAGCAUGGUGGCCCAGCCUGAGGAUGAAACAAUAAAUAAAUCAUCUCCUAAAUAAUAAAUAUCCAAGA